GUAUCUGUUCAUCACUAUAUAACGGUGGACCUGGACCCGGACGAAGAGACGCGAAAAUUUGAAGAAUGAAACUUUAUGUUUGAGUUAUUGACGACAACUCCAAUGAUUUACAACCAGAUUUGACGAUAAUUGCUACUUGGAACUUGAAAAGAGCAAGUGAGUUUACUCAGUCAACUAACCAAUCAGUAUUAUUUUUCAACAUUGAAGGUUAUUUGAUUGGAGCUGCGGUUACGGUCACGUUACGCUGCAGUUAUUACCUGCCUAUUACAAUUACAGGUGGUAACCUUGGAACCUUGAUUAACCUUGAAUCCAAUGCAAUCACAACGGACUCCAACCAGACCGUAACAUUGCCCAGGUGAAGAAUAAGGGUUUGCCAAAAGAGCCGUCAGCCAGCUGGUGGACCUUCUUUUAGGCCUAGACCAGCUGUGGGCUCAGCAUGAACAAACCACUGAUCCCACUAAAUCCACUGUGGUAUUCAUCCUCACUAGCGCCAAAAGUGCCAAAUUAUUCACAGUGGCAGCAGUGGCAGCAGUGGUUACAGUGGUUCCAGCCACUCAGAAGACUUAUUUGCUCGUCUGAAUCCUCCAUUCCCAUUCCAAUCACUCCAAUCACUCCAAUCACUACUACAAUUCCACCUUGUCGCGUCAAUAUUUGUCAUACACGACCGCAUCGCCAACAUCGACACCAACCUCUGUCGCAGAGUGUUCAUUUACAUUUGCAUCACCAUCACCAUAUUCAAUCCCUAUUCUCAUUUUUAUUUCUAUUAUUAGCAUUAUUGCCCUUGUCAUUCCCUACCACAUUCCCUUCAGCGGCAAGGCUUAAUAAUAAUAAUAAUAAAGUUAAGGUUCAAGUGGAGGUUGAAGGGAAGGAAGAAAUCUUGAUUCGUUUUUACCGGCGAAUUCAAACUUUUUCUUAUUCUUUCCCUUCUUCUUCUUUCAUUAUCUGUCUGGCCCUUUGGGAGGCCAACUUGAUCUCGUUUUUCAAACGGCUUCGCACGCGAAUAAUCCCUCUACGAACUUGUCAUCGCCCGCCAUAGAUGCACACCAACACGAAGCAAAUGUCCCUGUCAAUUCACCUUCUGAACAACCUGACUAUCCCAUUGUUACCAUCACUGCUCCAGAACCAGCAGCUCCCAACGCCCAUCAGCGAAAACCCUCUACCCCUCGCGCUCGAAGGAACUUAUU